ACUGAGACCGCGGCAGUGUUGUUGUGAGUGUGUGUGAGUGUUAGCGCCAGGUUAGCUCACAGUUCGUGUGUGGAUGCACGGACGCUAACGGUCACGACGAUGGAAAUCUGUCUGAACAGUUCAGCCGAUCGUCGGGAGCGCCGGUUAGAAGUUGAUGACUUGAAGGGAAACUUUGCGUCAGAAUUCACCUUCUUACCAAACUCGCAGCAGUCCAUCCUGGAGGAGCGAGAACACCUGCAGGUUUACCUGAGGAUCAGGCCCUUCACGUCAGCCGAGCAUAACAGCACAGAGUCACAGGACUGUGUGUCCAUCGAGUCUGCAGACACUGUCCUGCUGAAGCCUCCCAGUGUGUCUCUGUCAGCGAGGCUGAGUGUGGACAGAUCACUGCCACACACUGGACAACGCUUCCAGUUCUCUCAGGUCUUUGGUCCAGAGACGACACAGAGGGAGCUGUUUGAAGGGACGGUGAAGGAUCUGGUCAGAGACGUCCUGCAUGGAGCCAACUCUCUGCUCUUCACGUACGGCGUCACCAACGCUGGCAAAACCUUCACCUUCCUGGGUCCAGAUGCUGACGCUGGGAUCCUGCCCAGGUCUCUGGACCUGAUCUUCAACAGCAUUGACGAGCGCGUCUUCACGGGGACCGGCAUCAAACCUCAGCGCUGCAGAGAGUUCAGCAGACUGAGCACAGAGCAGCAGGUGGAGGAGGCGGCGUUCAAGAGGAACCUCUUCAGACAGCUAAAAGAGAGCGAGCGGAGCAACGUCAGCCUCCUGAACUCCACCAAUAAGACUCUGCUUGAAG